AUGAACAAGUUUCUUCCAUUCUCUCUCUAUAUCUCUUUCUACCAUGAUCUUCAUAGGUUAUUCUCUCCUCAAACCGAGAGCGUUUCUUUCUUCACUUCAAUAUCUGUCGAAAGUAGCACAUCUUUCGUUCCCAGACAUUUUAUCACUAUUUUUUCCUUUCUUAUAAAUUUAUUUUUAUUCUUUCCUCUUUCUUAUUUCUUAUACCGUUUACUACUCUUUCUUUUUUCUUUCUUAUUUCGUUCUUUUUUCUCUUUCUUAUUCCUUUUAAUUCUCUUCUUUCUUUUUUCUUUUCUUUUUCAUUUAUUCUGUUUAUUUUUCUUUUUUUAUUUCCUCUUUCUGUAUUGUUUCCUAUUGUUUAUAUUUAUAUUUCCCCUACCUAUAUUCUUUCUUUUCUCUCUUUCAUGUCCACUAUUUCCAUUCGGUCCUUUUUCACUUUCUUUCUUUUUUCUUUCUUUAUGUUCCUCUUCGCUCUCUUUCUUUCCUCCACUCGCUUUUUAUUCUUUCCUUCUUACCCUUUUCCUCAUUUUAUUCCUUCUCUCUCUAUUUUUCUUCCUCAUACCUCUGUUCAUUUCUUUUUUCUUAUUCCUUCUCUCUCAAUUUUUCUUCCUGAUACCUCUGUUCAUUCCUUUUCUCUUAUACGUUCUCUCUCAAUUUUUCUUCCUGAUACCUCUGUUCAUAUCUUUUCUCUUAUUCCUUCUCUCUCUAUUUUUGUUCCUGAUACCUCUGUUCAUUCCUUUUCUUUUUUUCCUUCUGUCUCUAUUUUUCUUCCUGAUACCUCUGUUCAUCCCUUUUCUCUUUCAUUCCUUCUCUCUCUAUUUUUCUUCCCGAUACUUCUGUUCAUUACUUUUUGCUUCUCUUCCUUCUCUCUCUAAUAUUUCCUUUUCCCUUUCUCCCCUCAGGUCUCUAUACUUCCUUUUUUUCUACUUUAUUCCUGCUAUCAUUAUUCUUUCCUUUUUACUUUUAUUUCUUAUUUCUGUAUUCCGUCCUUUUCCAUUUUUUUCUCUUUUUUCAUUUUAUUCUUCCUGUCAUUGUUCAGUUUCUUUUUUUCCUCCUUUUACCUUUAUUCUUUCGGGUUUUACAUUUUUCUACUUCCAUUUUCUUUCUUUCUUUUAUUCCUUUUACCUUCAUCCUUUCUUUUUCCACAUUUUUUCUUUCAUUUUUUCCCUUUUUUCUUUUCAUCUGAAUUUGCGUCUUUCUUCUCGGAUUUGUUUAUUCUUCUCUACCAUUUUUAUUGUUUUCUUUUCAUCCAUUUCUAUAAUUCUUCGUCUUUUUCGUACGUUCUUCUCACUUUCCCGUCCUGGGGAAUUUAUUUGCAUUUAUUGCAUUUUCUGCUUCUUUCGUUUCUUUUCAAUUUUCUGUCUUAUUAAUUCUCCGCCAUUCUUUAUGUUUCCUCUUCCUAUCACAACUUUCUCUUUUUCUUCUUCUUUCGUUUUCUUCAUUCUUACCUUUUGUCCUCUUUUUUACUUAUUUUCAUUUUCCUUUUUUUACGUCUUGUUCCUUGUGUUGUCCUUUUCUUUUUCAUCAUUUUUACAUUACUUUUUCAUUUUCGUCUUUAUUUUCUUCGUCUUCAUUUUCAUUUUUUUGUCUUGUUCAUUUUCAUUGUCGUUUUCUUUUUCAUCAUUUUUACAUUAUUUUUUCAUUUUCGUCUUUAUUUUCUUCGUCUUCAUUUUCAUUUUUUUGUCUUGUUCCUUUUCAUUGUCGUUUUCUUUUUCAUCAUUUUCCAUUUUUUUUUUUCAUCUUCGUUUUUAUCUUCUUCGUCUUCAUUUUCAUUUUCUUUCUUGUUUUUUUUUUAACCUUCUUCAUUAUUCGUCUCUCCUUCUUCUUCUUCUUCUUCUUCUUCUUUAA